AGCGCCGGGCAGGGCGCAUCCCGGGGAUACUGUGUCCUGGAUCCACCCCUGGCUGCUGAGAUCACUGGAGACAGUCAGAGCCGCGGAUCAAGUGCACUGUCCUGUAAUCGAUUGCCGAGCGCCUGGAGCUGCCAGCCUGUAUUUAUUGGCCGUGUGUCUGGGGAGGCUGGCUGCUGCCUGCUUGAUCCGUUUCUCUGGGUUUGACCAGCUGUCCCGGGCUAACCCCUGCCUGGCUCUGUGCUGAUCAUGGAGGAAGUAGGAGCUGGAUUACCCUCGGCUGCGGCACAACUGCCCUAGUGCCCGGAGCAGCGGAGCGCGGGGAGGCAGCGGGCAGCCGCAGAGCCCGGGAUGGCAGUGUGGCCCCGCGUGCCCUGCUAAGCACUGCUCUUUGACUAUGGAAACAGAGAGACCCGAUGGAUACGUAACUAGUGAUAAUGAGCUUGUGCCCGAGAGGGACCACUCCAAUAUGGCUAUAGAUUUGACCUCCUGCACACCCAAUGGGCAACAUUCCUCCCCUAAUCACUUGGCAAGCACAAACUCUGUGAAGUUGGAAAUGCAAAGCGAUGAAGAAGUAGACCGAAAGACGCUUCGUCGAGACGCCCCACUGCAGUCACCGGAUGAUGAGAGUGGACUUGAAGAGUCAGGGGCUGAGACCAAUGGCAUCUCUGACAGCCGCAUGAACCAUGAUAUGUCUCAGGACGGCGGAAUCCGGCUUCCGAAUGGUAAACUGAAAUGUGACGUCUGUGGCAUGAUUUGCAUUGGCCCCAAUGUGCUAAUGGUCCAUAAGAGGAGUCAUACGGGGGAACGUCCGUUUCAUUGCAACCAAUGUGGAGCAUCGUUUACUCAAAAGGGCAACCUACUGCGCCACAUUAAGCUGCACUCCGGGGAAAAACCUUUUAAGUGUCCAUUUUGUAGCUAUGCCUGCCGGCGGAGAGAUGCACUCACAGGCCACCUUAGAACACACUCGGUAGGCAAACCUCACAAAUGCAACUACUGUGGCCGGAGCUACAAGCAGCGCAGCUCCCUGGAAGAACAUAAAGAACGCUGUCAUAAUUACCUGCAAAAUGUGGGGAUGGAGAGAGGCCAGGGAACGGGGUCUCAUGGUGCAUCUCCUUUGGAGGAGUGUAAGAAUCCAGAGAUCCUGAUGGAAAACAGCAUGUCUCUGAUGCCCUUUGAAAGACCAGCUGUUAUAGAGAGACUUGCCAGCACCAUGGGGAAGCGUAAGAGCUCCACCCCACAGAAGUUUGUGGGUGAAAAGCUUAUGAGGUUUGGUUAUCCAGACUUGCCGUUUGACAUGAAUUUGGCCUAUGAGAAGGAAGCAGAAUUAAUGCAGUCCCAGAUGAUGGACCAGGCCAUUAACAAUGCCAUUACUUACUUGGGCGCAGAUGCACUGCGGCCCCUGAUUCAUCACUCCACUGGCACCAUGUCUGAAGUAGCUCCUGUUAUCAGUUCAGUUUACUCUCAGGUCUACCAUCCAAGCAGGAUGGAGAGGCCUACCAGCAGGGAAAGAACAGACAGCACUGAUAACAAUAUGGACGGCCCGAUCUCCCUUAUUAGACCAAAGAGUCACCUUCAAGAGAGGGAGGUAUCCCCCAACAACAGUUGCCUGGACACCACUGAUUCUGAAAGCAGCCAUGAUGAUCGACAGUCCUACCAAGGAAAUCACGCCUUAAACCCUAAGAGAAAGCAGAGUCCGGUAUAUUCCAAGGAAGAUGGCAAAGCUCUAGAUGCCACCAAGGCUGGAUUGGGCACUUCCAAAGAUGUCUAUAAAGUAUAUAAUGGUGAAGGAGAGCAAAUUAAAGCCUUCAAAUGUGAGCACUGCCGUGUGCUUUUUCUUGAUCACGUCAUGUAUACAAUCCACAUGGGCUGUCAUGGUUAUCGGGACCCACUUGAAUGUAACAUUUGUGGUCACAGGAGUCAGGACCGCUAUGAAUUCUCCUCACACAUAGUACGUGGAGAGCACCCGUUCCAAUAGCUCAGAACUGGAGAGGUGCUUCUAUGAAGUAGAACUGCACAUGAAGAAUACUGCACUUAAGCUCAUCCUCUUUCCUCCAGACUUUAGACAAUUUUAAGUUAGAUGUAUUUUUAAGCAUAUGUAAUAUCCUUUUUCCGUGAGACGUCACAGUCCACAAUUCUUGUGAAACCAUUUAAGGAGUAACUACCAAAUUCUGGUAUUACCUAUGGGACUUCUGCGUUACUGAGGUUUGUUGUUGUAAAUGAGCCAUGAAAUAGACAUGUACUACUGAAUGCUCAAAACUGAUCUCCUGGUUGAGGUCAAACAUCAUAAAACAUAUCCAUAGAGAAGAUGUAGCUUAAAAAGCUACCAUUUGCUUACAUUGAGGGAGGGUGGUUCAAAAGUUAGAAAGCCUUUUUUGUUUCCUAAGUUAAUUCUAUACUGAUAACCAACAAGUGGUGUUUUUGACAUUUAGCUUAAUCUGAGUUAAGCGGUUAGGUCACCUUUGGACCAGUUUUUAACAUUUACUUUUUUUAGUAUUGUGUGAUGAUGGCAGCAGAUCAUGGUCUACAGAUAUGUCUGUAAACUUUAAAUUUAAAUGUCUACAUUAUAGUCCUAUACGUUAAUGCCUUUGUACACAUUUCUAACCUGCAAUACAUAAUGUGUGUGUAUAUAUAUAUAUAUAUAUAUAUAUACACAGUUGCAAGAAAAAGUAUGUUAACCCUUUUUAAAUUAUAUGGAUUUCUGCACAAAUUGGUCAUAAAAUGAAUGUGAUCUGAUCUUCAUCUAAGUCACAACAAUAGACAGUCACAAACUUUUGAUUGGUGAGGUUCUGAGCGCUGAGGACUCCAAUAAUCCCUAGAACGAGGGUAGAGAAUUAUAGACAUAACAUGCUCUCUCUACUCGCUGCACGAGAUGGGCUCCAUAGAAGUCUGUGGGCAUGUCUUGAUUCCACCCUCAACAGCAGAGAGCGCACAGUAAGCACUUGUUUCUGUCCCUUCGUUCUACGGAUCAGUGGGGGUCUCGGUGCUCAGCCCCCCACUAAUCUAACCUUUUGAUAUGUCUCUAUGACAUAUCAAAAUAUUUUUGAGAAGUUAGUUCCCCGUUAAGUUUUUUAAUGAGAUUGAAUGCAUUAAUGAAUAGGCAUCUGAAGGCCUACAAAUAAUAUGCACAGAUGUUUUUCCUCUAUAUUAGACUGUCAUCUUGGUUUAAGCUAUUUUAGCUCACCUAUAAAACAAUAUAAAACAUCUACAGUACCAUUUACUCUCUGAGAUUUCCACUUGUAAGCUUGGUCUUAUGGUCAUAUUGGUCUACAACUAUUACUGAAAGCCAACAUCUAUACUGUAUAUUAAAUUGUCCAAAGGUAGGAGCUGGCACUACUAUGAUAGUCCACAAUUUCCGUGGCUACAAGGUACAGUAAUACUUCAUGGGACUUAAUGUUAUGUGCAAGUGUAAACAUGUAUCUUCCAAAAUAAUAUGAAUCAUGACACUUACAGCACGAUAAAAUCUUCACUUUAUUGCGGCAUCAGAUACAACAAGAUGUGGAAAAGAUUAGAGCAAUGGCCGUUUCGUGCUACCUUCCACUUCAUCUGGCCACUUCAUGAUGUAAAUUCUUAGUUCUUUUUUAAAGGAGUAUUCCCAGCUUAGACAUGUUAUGGCAUAUCCGCAGGAUAUACAAUAAAUGUUUAAUAGAAGCGGGUCAUAGUUCUGUGGGGAGAAAGGGAGCCUCCAGAGGAUUGGAGGUUGAACAGCUGCCUCCAUUUACCCCUACUGUAUGUGAAAUUUAGAACCAGUCUAGCAUGCUUGCUCACCUAUUGGAAUACCUCUUUAAAUUUUGGUAUGAAUUCACAUUUGGUAAUAAAUUGAUCUGGUUGACUUUAAUAUUAAAGUAUAAGACUCAGUUUUGCAAAUUUUACAGCCGUUUUUACUUCAAAGUAUAAAUGUACUAGUGUGUUGCAUUUAAGCCUUCAGGUGUUGGACUGCUGACAGUGUAAAUUGCUAAGAAUAAAUACUCUGUGGCCUUAAAGGGGUUCUCCGGGAAUUAUUUAAAAUGGCGCAAGCAAUCUGUCCUAGAAUGUGAGCAGGACUGAUUGCCACCACUUGCAGAGCUGCCUGGGGGGGGGGAGGGGGGGAAAGAGCCUUAAUACACACCACACUGGUUUACAAUAGAUGUUAAUUAUGCAAUCUUUCCUAGGAUAUACCAUCAUGGGUCAAAACCCUGACAGCAAAACUUACCAAUAUCUAGUACAUGUGAGUGCAAGAGUAUAGUAUGUAGUAAGGCCCCCUCCCCUUACCCCUCUAGGCAGCUUUGCAAGUGGAGGCAACCAGUCCUGAUCACAUUCCAGGACUGGUUGCUAGUGGCCCUUUUAAUUCCUUCCUGGAGAACCCCUUUAAUGACAAUAUAAGUGAAAGAUGUAAAGUCCCUUUAAAUCCCAGGAGUGUUGGUGAUCAUGUCUGAAGUUUAUCUUGGUCACUUUACAUUUAGGGUUAAAAGAAUUCAAAAUAAAACCUUCACUGGACUCUUAUUAACUUUACUAUCGAAAAUAUUUGUUGAUGAGUCUAAUAACGAUUAUAGCCCUUUUUAACUAGCCUGAAGAGUGUGUGGUGCUUAUAAAAAUAAUAAUAAUAAUUCUACUCGCUUGCAUUCUCGAACCUUGGCCUCUUUCAGCAGUUUUUCCUUCCACGGCCUUUUCACUCCCCAUCAUUGAUGUGCCUCCUGGGGACUUGUCACUGCUGAGGCCGGCAGCAAUGUGAUCCUGUUCGUACCUCAACCGGAAUUAAAGAAACAGGAGACCAGAAGAUCCCCAGGCUGAACUAGGGUGCCGCGAGUCGGGCAGCAGGUUUAAUUUUUUUCCCACUAGGUACCACACACUAUGGGCUAGUUAAAAAGGGCCAUAAUCUUUGAAAGCCAUUUAAAGUGUCUGUCCGAAAUCCAUUUCCUUUCCCCUUUAGGCCAGAAGCCUGUCGACAAAUUGAAAAACAAUACUGUACCGGAUAUACGUACCCUUAAAAGGUACCUAAUGUUUCAUCAAACCUCUGAUAUGUCAUGGAAAAUGUCAAAAGGUUUAAUUGGUAGAGGUCUGAUCAAAACUGAUCACUGAAAUGAAGGAGCUCAGCUGAGGCUCUUUGUUUCUUAUUGGCUCUCCCACGAGAGUGGAGCAAGUUGUGUGGGAAUGCCAAGAAAGUAUAAAGAAUGCUCGUUCUGCCCUCUGAGAGACAAUCAGAAAUAAAGGAGCACAGUUGCACUUUAAAAAUGUCUCAGGUCCUGUAUCACUGCUGGUCCUAUCAGGUAUUUAUCUGUAGUGUACUUGGCCUUGUUGACAUUUUUUUUUUAUUUCUGAGAUUUAUCAGACAUUAAGGGGACACAUUAACAUUCUUAGAAAGGUCGGGUUCCCUUGUGGUUUAGCAUUUUAUGUGCAGUUUUGUGGAAUGUGGUUUAACGUUCCCAUUUACCCAAUUGCACAGCAUUUUUUAUUUAUUUUUUAAUCUUUUUGACAUUUCUAGGUGUAAAGUUUUUGAAAUAGAAACUAUCUGUAAUGUUAUGCGAUGUGUUACAGCCAGACUAAAUCAGCAGAGCUAUGUGGAAUCUGAGUGGAGUAAUAAUUGUUUGCAUAUAUGAGGAGGAAUGUUACUAGCGUUGCAUCUUCUCUUAGAGUAAUCUCACUAUGCCACCAGGUAUUGUAGCCAUUCUCAAGAUCACUAUGGUGGAUUUAUCCUUGAGCCUCUAGGGAACAUUAAAAACACGAGUGGUCGGCAGUGGAUGCACUUUAAAUAGGUAGCCUAUUAGAAACAAAUUUUGACAAAUCGUAGCUACUAGUCCUAUUUAAUUUAAAACAUCAUGGACUAAGAUAUAGUAUUGAUAUCUGUUAGUCCUUUACAAUCUCCCCACAUUUGCUGCGUUGUUGAGAAUUUGUUUUAAUGAAGCACCAAAUGGCACUCGCGAUCUUGCUUAGAUACCAAGCUGUAAUUAAAGAGGACCUUUCAUGGGUCCAGACAUUAUGAAAUAACUAGCAGGAUAUGUAGGGCAUAGUGCAGGGAUGUAAUAUUGCUGUGACGCUCUCUGCUGCGAUUGGACCGCGA